AUGAGUCGAUGCAAGCAUUGGCGGCAGAUGACGAGUCUGCCGCCCUCAACUUGCUUCAGCACAAGGGAACUGCUGAAGCAGAGGACGAAGACGUGGAGGAAAUGGUGGGUGCUGAGACGGCUGUGGAGAUGUCUUCUCCAGGAACGGCCUUCUUGGAGGAGGGCGAGGGACGCUUCAGGUGCGGCAAGAUCUACUGUGCUUCGGCAGAAAGCAGUCCUUCUGACAUUUGCCCAGAGUUGCGUAGGCGUCUCUUCUUGA